UUUCCCCAUCAUGGCGGAUAAGGUAGUCGGCUAACGUAAACGGUUAGCAUAUUCAACGAUUGUUUGGAGCCACACGUUAAAGGUCUGCAGCUAUCCGGCGUUUUCUUCAAGCGGACUGCCUCCGCCGAACAUAAACUGGUGUUGAGUGAGGGACGCCAGCAGCACACCAGUAACAUUCAGUGGGCCAUUUAUAAUAGAAGGAGCACUGGCACAAUGGAAUGUGCAGUGGACAUCCCCUCAGGUGAGAAUGAGGCCCCUGAGAAAGACGACGUGAAUGCCAAGGAAGGGAAUGAGCCACCCCACAAGAAAAACAAGAAGCACAGAAAACACAAGAGCAAGAAGAAGAAGAGGAAGAGAAAGGGGGAAAAGGAGAGCAGCUCAGAAUCUGGUGCUGAGUCAGAUGUGGAGCCUCCGCCACCAAGGCCUGUCAGGGCCACCAGAGCCAGUGCCAGACUGGCAGCAGCUGCAGGAGCUGGAGACCCAGCUGGGUUGAAGGAGGAGGGCAAGAAGGAUGUAAUUACAGAUCGUGCAGACACGGAGGGUGAUGCCAAAUCCAAGAAACACAAAAGACACGCUGCCAAGAAGAAGAAAAAGAAGAGGAAGAAAGAUGAAAAGCAGGAAAAGAAAUCCCCAUCUCGCUCCCCAUCUGAAAGCAGCUCGGCUUCAGGCUCUGAGUCUGAGGGUGAAGGAGGGAAAGGGGCUGGUGAUGGAAAAUACUCUCCUGCUGCAGUAUCAGACCUGCAGGAACCAGUCUCCAAAUUGGUUUCUAAAAGCAAACGAGGGGAGAAAUCUGAGCUGCUUGGAGUGAAGAAAGAGGAGACAUCAGAUAUGGACGUGUCCCCAACAGGAGGAAAGGAAAAUAAUCGAUCAGAAAAAGAAAUGAAGUUGGCCUCUGCAGACCAGAAUGAGAUAACACAAACAGCAACAGUAAAGGUUAAGACAGAAGGUAGUCUCACUGAUGGUACAUUCAGCCAUGCCCAGGAACUCCCUGACAUCAUCCCUAAACAGGAAGGUGCUCCAGCAAGAGAUGACCCAGGCCUUAAAGAUCGGGCAAAUUCAGUUCAGAAGUCCACGUCUCCUUCCCCUCCCAGGGUUUUAGACAUUAAGAGGUCUGGGUCAAGUCAUAGUCGUUCACCUAGUCCUAGUAGGGAGCAGUCUGACGGGCAAACGGCAGCAGCGAUAAAAGAACGGUCAAGAACCCAUUCCAGGUCACCCUCAAAGGGAAAACGAUCUACAAGUCCUCUAAAGACUCGGCAGCUUUCCCGCUCUCAGUCCCCCAAAUCUAAGAGGAGGUCACUUUCCCCAUCCCCAAAGUCUCCAAAGAGAGUCACCCGUCAGUCCCGGUCCACCUCUCGCUCCCUCACUCCCAAGAAGAAGGUGUCAAAGUCUCCAAGGAGGUCCAAGUCUCCUAAACGUCGGAGGAGUUCACUUUCUGUUUCUCCAAAACGACGCAGAAGUUCCCAUUCUCCCAAAAGAAAGGUGUCACGAUCCCCUAAACGGGGCGGGCGCAGGUCCCCCUCUCUGUCUCGGUCUCCAAGGAAAAGUCGAAGGUCAGAAUCACGUUCCCGUGGAGGCACAAGGCACUCUAGGGCACGCUCACCUAGACGAGGUGGUGCAGCCAGCAGGCGUUCAAGGUCACGUUCUGUCACUAGAACCCGUCGCUCCAGUUCUAGAUCAAGGCGCCCUGUUCGUCGCUCCAGGUCGAGGUCACCAGCAAGGCGUACAGGAGGCAGGCGCUCCAGGAGUCGAUCCUUGUCUCGACGUAGGAGGUCACCACCCCCCAGAUCCCGCCGCUCACGCUCCCGGUCGGUCCGCAGGAGCAGGCGCACUCGGUCACGUUCCGUUGUAGUCCUGAAGCGCAACCGGCGUUCCAGAUCAAGGACUCCCAGAAAACGGACCAAAUCCCGGUCGCCAGUCAGAAGGCGCUCCCGUUCCCCCGCCAGGAGAAAUCGUUCUCCACCAAGGUCUAGCAAACGUUCCAAAUCUCGCUCGCUGUCUCGAAGGCAUCGGUCAAAGUCACACUCACCAUUACCUGUUAAGAGGAGGUCCAAAUCUCCCAGGAAGAGUGGAAGAAGGUCGAAGUCUAAAUCUGUCUCGGCCGGUUUGAACAGAUCUAAGUCCAGGUCCAGGUCUGUGUCAAGUGAUGAACACUCUGACAGCUCCUCCCCAGCAAGAUCCACAUCCUCGUCUCCUGUCAAGGAGAGGAAGGCUUCCUCUCCUGAGGCAGAGCAGACAGAUGGAGAAAGUGGAGGAUUUUCAGUUACAACAGGUGGCUGGAAACCUGUGCCCUCAGCAGCUGCCUCCAGUUCUCAAGCUGGAAGUUCCUCCGAUACCUUGCAGGAGCAAUCUAAAGGACUUUCUCCCAACCAUAACAAGCAACAGAGUGAGCGCGCCAGCUCAUCUAAUGAACGGGAUGCUUCCAGGUCCAGAUCUGGUUCCAGAGAUCCCGGCACUGACCCUGAUGGGUCAGAUUGUUCGCAACACUCAGACGAAGAAGAGGAUUCUUCCUCUCCAAUUAAAACGGCAUUUAAAGGCCAGAGAAGCUCCUCAGGUUCAGCAUCUCCGCAGGUGCAGAAGAAGCAGCUGUCCCCCUCACCCACAGAUCGCAGGAAACUUUCACGCUCAACUUCUUCACCUCGACGAUCGGCAUCCAAGUCUACAUCAAGAAGGAAGCAGUCUAGGUCCAAGUCUCCUGUAAGGAAAAGAGAAUCUGUCUCUCCAUCGGAAAGAAAGAAACGUCGAUCUAAAUCUCGGAGUCCUGCUCGGCGGCGGAGGUCGCGUUCUGCUGGGCGGCGUAGGCGGUCACGCUCCAAAUCACGAACCAGAGCUCGCCGAUCCAAGUCCCGUUCUCCAACACGAAAGAGACGAUCCCGCUCACCCAAUGCCCGUGGAAGGAGGAGGUCCAAGUCCACAGACCGAAGCAAGAGAUCCAGGAGUCGCUCCACAGGCCGGAGGAAAAGGUCAGGAGACAGAAGCAGGAGAUCAAGGUCUCGUUCUUCUGACCGCAGACGCAGGUCUAGGUCGAGGGGUCGAGGGAGGCGCCCAGUAUUUCGCAGUCGUUCCUUCGAUAGGCGAGACAGGUGGAAAAGGGAACCUAGCCACUCUCCAGUUCUCAUUCUACGCAAACAGCGCCGCUCAGGGUCCCGGACACGACGCAGCACCAGCAAGACUCCUCCACGGCUGACUGAACUGGAUAAGGACCAGUUACUGGAGAUAGCCAAAGCUAAUGCUGCUGCCAUGUGUGCUAAGGCGGGGGUGCCCAUUCCUGAGAGUCUUCGGCCAAAAGCCAUCCUCCAGCUCCCUCUACCCACUCCAUCUCCCGCCCCCCUCUCCCUACCUCUACCGUUACCUCUACCAAUGGGCAUGGGGAUGCCCAACAUGCCGAAUAUGCCCAACAUGGGUCCAAUGGGGCUACCCAAUAUUCCAGGAAUGCCCAGCAUGUCAAACAUCACCAUGAGUGCCGCUAUGGCAAGUAUGACAGCAGCUACUAUGACAGCUGCCUUGACCAACAUGGGUGCCCUGGCGGCCAUGCCUCCCCUUGCCCCGCUUCCUACCAUCACUAACAAGCCUCCCCCAUGUCUCGCCCCACCAACACCAACCCUUAACCUGGACCACAUCGAGGAAGCAAAGAGGAAGGUCACUCAGCAAGCGAACAUACACACCAUCAAGGAGCUUACAGAGAAGUGUAAGAUGAUUGCGAAUAGCAAGGAGGAGAUGGCCAUUGCUAAACCCCAUGUCUCAGAUGAUGAAAGCUAAAAUUGCCAAGCCCUCACGCCGCUCCUUAAAGGACUGAAGGAAAAUGUAAAAAAACAAAUGCUUCACAGGAGGACCUACCUUCCCACAGUUCCCUCUGGCAGCCAGAUGACUUGACUGAGCCUCAUUAAACACCUAGAAAAAGAAAAGCACCCUAGUUGUCACAGUUACAAUAUAGGCGCACCAGCCACUGCCCCACCCAGCUCCCCAGUUUGUUUCAGUUUGUGUGAGAGAGUGACUGGCAGACUGCACCUGUGAUACCACUGAGUAAACUGGACAUACUGACAUGUGCACAGUUGUAUGACUGUAGAGUGUGUGUGUGUGUGUGCGUGCGUGUGUGUAGUGACUUUCACCACCAACUCCUCAGUGUUGCUGCUCAUUUAAGCGGUCACUGUUGUAAAGACUGAAGAGAAAACAAACCAAACUAACUAGUGGCGCAAGUUUUUUUGUAAAAGAUUAGUUUCUCUAAAUUUGUUCUACUUCUAUGCUUUCUUAAAGAUUUGUGUUAAGUGGAGAUUGUUUCCUUGUUCUGCUGUAAUUCCCCCAGUUAUCUCCAAUCCCUGGUUUUAUAAACAAAGAAUGCAGACAUAGUUUUUGGUAGAACCGCACAUGUGAUUUGUUUUGGGAAGCCUGGGUCUUCAGGACAGGAGAGUGACCACGUGUUGUGAAUCCUGGAACAGGCUGCCACAUCUGAUUAAUUUGAAGGAAUGGAAUAACUGAAUAUAUUGGAUGCAAAAAGAAGGUUUAAAUUUGAUUCACGAAGCAUAACUAAUUCAGUUUCCACUGUCCUGGGUGUGAUUUUCAUUCCCUCUAUUUUAAACAGAAUCAACCUUG